AUGCCAGAAUCGCGUCUCCGCGUGCCGUUCAAUUUCAACAGCGUGUCAGAGGAAGAGUCAGUGACUUUCUGCUUCACAAAAUCAGAGGAAGUGAUCCUAGUCGAGCUCAUGGGUUUGACUUACAUCACUACAAGAGAAAGGACCAAAGCCUCGGCUAUUAAGGGCAUCGUGUUGUAUCGGCUUACCGUUCCUCUGGCUCGUAUAGAGUGGGAAACUUUCCACCGCCUCGUGGCGGUGUCCGGUGAAGCCAUCGUCACAUCGCUGUUGCGCUCAGCGACUCCCGAUCAGCAGCGUCUCGCGGCACAAGCGUUCGCGGAACGCGAGCUCGCCGAUGCGAAUCGGCGAGUAUCAACUCCCUCGCGUUCCUCCAAGCACGACAUCUUGAAGUUUGAGACGUCGACCUACUCCGGCGUCGGCGGUGAUCGUCUUCCGCUGAACCGGUGGUUCCGGGAGAUUGAUAUUGCCAUCGCCUAG